CAUUUCUUCUGUAACCUAUGGAGGUCGACACUUCAGUUUCUGAGGAAGGCUGUGAAAUGUCCUACAAUAACAGAGACACCAGUAACAUUGAAUAUAAAUAAACCUGCUCCAGUCUGCAGCCUCACCCUUCUCAUAAUAAACCGGAAGAAGAAGGAACCGAAAGUGAAAACUGGUAAAAACAUCGCCAUGCGAAUUCGCCAUUUUAGAGACUCAAACAGUCGUCAAAUGAACACAAACUACACGAUCUGAGGUCAGUUUCUCAUGAUGGAGAAUAGCGAGACACAGAACAUUGAUUCUGAAAUGAUACAGAAGAGUCAGAGAACAUCUUCAUCAUCUCCAGAACCCAGUGUUGUGUCUCUGAAGAGUGACAUCUCAAUGGAUUCUCCACAUAGAUUCAGUGAUGGAUCAGUAUCAUCUGAACCUCUAUCAAAGCUUCAGAGAAGAGCCGGUCCAGAACCCAGUGUUGUGUCUCUGAAGAGUGACGCCUCAAUGGAUCGUCCACUUAAAUUCAGUGAUGGAUCAGUAUCAUCUGAACCUCUAUCAAACAUUAGAUCUCAUGAUGUGAGUGCAGACGUGCAGCAGGAUUCUCAUCAUGAAUCAGUGGAUGAUGUUGUGCAGAGAGUCAAAGACAAACACAAAAGCAUCAUGAAGAACAAGUAUGAGAGAUUAUUUGAGGGAAUGAAAGCACAAGAGAAUCAAACGCUCCUGAAGAGAAUCUACACACAGCUGUACAUCACAGAGGGAGAGAGUGAAGGAGUGAAUGAAGAACAUGAGGUUUUACACAUGGAGAGAAAGCCCAGAAGAACACAAGACACUCCAAUCUACUGCAAUGACAUCUUUAAACCUCAAUCACAUCAAAGACACAAAAUCAAGAGCGUUCUUACUAAAGGCAUCGCUGGAAUUGGAAAAACCAUCUCUGUGCUGAAGUUUAUUCUGGAUUGGGCCGAGGGAACAGCCAAUCAGGACGUAGAUUUCAUGUUCCUGCUUCCGUUUCGAGAGCUGAACUUGAUUGGAGAGCAUCGCUACAGUCUUCACAAACUUCUGCUGGACUUUCAUCCUGAACUUCAAGAUGUGGACUCUCAGAUUUAUGAGGAGUGUAGAGUUGUGUUCAUCUUUGAUGGUCUGGAUGAAAGCAGAAUGACACGGAUGUUUUCAGACCACAGUGAGAAAGUUUCUGAUGUGACGGACGCUUCAUCAGUGGCCGUGUUGAUGUCAAACCUCAUGAAAGGAGAUCUGCUUCCCUCCGCUCUCAUCUGGAUCACCUCCAGACCAGCAGCAGCCAAUCAGAUCCCCUCCAAAUACAUCACGCGUGUGACAGAAAUCCAGGGCUUCGACGACGCUCAGAAGGAGGAAUAUUUCAGGAAGAGAAUCAGCGACGAGCAUCAAGCCAGCAGAAUCAUAUCCCACAUUAGAAGAGCGAGAAGCCUCCACAUCAUGUGUCACAUACCGGUCUUCUGUUGGAUCUCCUCCACUGUGCUUCAGAAGAUCCUGACACAAGAUCACAGUGAAGAAAUCCCCAAAACUCUGAGUGAAAUGUACAUCCACUUCCUGCUGAUCCAGAUGAAGAUGAAGAAUGAGAAGUAUGAGAAGUAUGAUCCAGAGAGAGAUCCAGAGAUCAACAGAGAAGUGAUUGUGAAACUGGCUGAAGUGGCUUUCAAACAGCUGAUGAAGGGCAAUGUGAUGUUCUAUGAGGAGGAUCUGAGAGAGUGUGGGAUAGACAUCACUGACGCCUCGCUGUAUUCUGGCAUCUGUACUGAGAUCUUUAAAGAGGAACCUGUCAGUCAUCAGAGGAAGAUCUACAGCUUCAUACAUCUCAGUCUUCAGGAGUUCCUCGCUGCGUUCUACGUGUUUUACUACUACAAUAAACAAGAGACGUCACAGUUUUUGGAUGUAAUUUACACUUUACUCAAAGGUGCAGUAGAUAAAGCUCUUGAGAGUGAAACUGGUCAUCUGGAUCUUUUCUUGAGGUUUCUGCUGGGCAUCUCACUGGAGUCCAAUCAGAGACUCUUACAGGAUCUACUGACACACACGGUGGACACCUCACAAACCGUCAAGAAAACUACACAGUACAUUAAAGGCAAAAUACAAAAUUUGAACACCUCUGAGUGCAUCUCCACUGAAAGAUCCAUCAAUCUGUUCUUGUGUCUGUAUGAAGUGAAAGAUCAGACUCUGUACAGAGAGAUUGAGGAGUUUGUGAGAUCAGACAAACACUCAGAGAAGAAACUCUCGGCCGCUCACUGUUCAGCAAUAGCCUACAUGCUUCAGAUGUCAGAGGAGGUGAUGGAUGAGUUUGAUCUGAAAAAAUACAACACAACACAGGAGGGCAGAAGAAGACUCAUACCGGCUGUCAACAUCUGCACAAGAGCUCUAUUGUCCAGGUGUAAUGUGACUGAUGGGUGUUGUGAAAGUUUGUCUUCAUGUCUACAAUCAUCGACGUCUCUGAGAGAGCUGGACCUGAGUAACAAUGAUCUGAAGGAUUCAGGAGUGAAGCUGAUCUCUGAUGCUCUCAAGACUCACAACUGUCAGCUACACACACUGAGAUUGUCCGGGUGUAAUGUGACUGAUGAGUGUUGUGAGAGUUUGUCUUCAUGUCUACAAUCAUCGACGUCUCUGAGAGAGCUGGACCUGAGUAACAAUGAUCUGAAGGAUUCAGGAGUGAAGCUGAUCUCUGAUGCUCUCAAGACUCACAACUGUCAACUACACACACUGAGAUUGUUCGGGUGUAAUGUGACUGAUGAGUGUUGUGAAAGUUUGUCUUCAUGUCUACAAUCAUCAACGUCUCUGAGAGAGCUGGACCUGAGUAACAAUGAUCUGAAGGAUUCAGGAGUGAAGCUGAUCUCUGAUGCUCUCAAGACUCACAACUGUCAGCUACACACACUGAGGUUAUCCGGUUGUAUGGUGACAGAUGAAGGUUGUUGUUAUUUGGCUUCAGCUCUGAGUUCAAACCCUUCACACCUGAGAGAGCUGGAUCUGAGCUACAAUCACCCACAACACUCAGCACUUCAGCUGCUCUCUGAUAGACUCAAUGAUCCAAACUACACACUCAACACACUCAAUGUGAGUCAUGGAGGACAGAGAAGAAUUACAGCAGGACUACACAAGUAUGUCUGUGAUGUCACACUGGAUCCAAACACAGCAAACACUGAACUCAUACUGUCUGAAGAGAACAGAAAGAUCACAUGUGUGUUUGAGCGUCAGUCGUAUCCUGAUCAUCCAGACAGAUUUGAUGUUUAUUCUCAGGUGUUGUGUAGAGAGAGUCUGACUGGACGCUGUUACUGGGAGGCUGAAUGGAGCGGAUCAUAUGUUUAUAUAUCAGUGUCAUAUAAAAGCAUCAGCAGGAAAGGAAGGAGUCGUGACAGUGUGUUUGGACUCAAUGAUAAAUCAUGGAUUCUGUGGUGCUCUGAUAACACAUUCACUGCACGUCACAAUGAUAAUGUUACAGACAUAGAUGUCUCUUCAGGUGUGUGUAAGAGAGCAGGAGUGUAUGUGGACGAGCCGGCCGGCACUCUGUCCUUCUACAGCGUCUCUGACACACACACACUCACACACUUACACACAUUCUACACAACAUUCACUGAGCCUCUCUGUGCUGGAUUUAUUGUGUAUGGUUAUAAGUCCUCAGUGUCUCUGUGUGACAUAAACAGCCUCUAUAGAGCCUCAUGUUAAAAAGAAGAGAGAUACACACAUAACCACAUGAGUUAUUACACAUUAAUACUGUCAAAUCUUUCUGUUCUGGUUGGUUUCAUGUGGUCAUUAUGCUCUUUUUAUCUCUUUCUGUGUGUGCGUGUCUGAAAAUGAGCUAAGAAAUCACAAUAACUGUCAAUAAUGAGUAAAUGUAUAGAUCAUAACAGCCAUUAAACUGUAUUUGCAUUAUUUAUGUUUGUUAUUCAAUAUUUGUCACUCAGACUCUUAGUCAUUACUCAACUCAACUUUAUUUAUAUAUCGCUUUUACAAUUUUCAUUGUUACAAAGCAGCUGUACAUGAGACAUGUUGACUGUAAGCAAAACAAUUAAAGUUGUACCUGUAAAAACAAGAAAAGGUUGAAAACACAGAAGACAGACAUACCCACAU